AGGAAGUAAAACAGUUUUAAAUGUUCAUUUGAUAAAAAUAGUGUAAGCUUAGUUCAAAUUAAUUGCUUGUGUUUGUGUGAGGGUUCAUAGCCAUAGCAAGAUGUUGGCAACACAAAGAACUCGUCGAACGCGGGAGCACACCGGCCCCACCCCUCACUCUGUCUCUAUUAGAGCAAAAAUGCCAUCAUCCAAGCUCCCUGAGCAUUUGCUCCUGGAGCGUCGGAGACAAGAAGAUCUUCGAGAAGAAGCGAUCCUCAUCACCAAGUAUAACAAGAUGUUUGAUCUUAAGAAUGACUGGGAAAGAAUAACUGAUCGUUCGAUUCAAAAGAACACAGUCCAACGAAGAGUAAAAGAUUUGAUGGAACAACGAAAAUUGGAGCUAGAUGAGCGACGACAAAAACUCCGUGAGCUUUUGUCAGCAGAAGACGAGGAAUAUGUGAGAGAAAUGGAAGCAAAACAUGAAACUUUAGAGGAACGCCAAAACAAGAUGUGCGAGCGUGCUAAACUUUUAAAAGCUAAGCGAGAAACUGAGAGACAAGCAUUUGUUGAAGAGAAACUGGAUCAGCAAUGGAGGGAACAAUGUGAGGAACUUCGUGGAGUUCUCUCUCGCCGUCAUCAAGAUGAGGUGUGUGUGGAUCGGAUGCAGCAGCUUGCCGCAAAAGCUGAUCUUGAGAGGAGGAAGCAAGAGGAGGAAGCAAUGUACGCUCAACUGUGGGAGAAGGAUCGGCUCGCUAAAGCAGCAAGAGAGGAGCAAGAGGCGCAGCAGCAGAUUGAACGGAACAGAGCUAUGGUUGAUACACUGAGAACCCAGAAAGCUUCCUUGCAAGCUAAAAAACUGGAGGAAAAGAGGUUGAUUGCUGAGGAAGCUAAACUGCUCAUUGAGGAGCGUGAGUUGCGAUCACUGGAAGAGGAGAGAGCCUCACAGCAAAAACGACUUCUUCAAAAACAGCAUAAGAGUUCUUUGGAAAAAUCGAUGAAACUGAAACUUCAAAGAGAAGCAAAAGAACAGCAAGAAGAACUUGCCCUUGAUAUGAAGAUCUUGGAGCAACUUCUGGAGGAGUCUAGAAAUGAGGCUCAUGAGAUGGUUGAGCGUAAGCACAGGAGGAGGGAGGAGGAGCAGAAGUAUCGGGAGUUCCUCCAACAGCAGUUGGAAGAAGAGACGAGGAGGGAGAAGGAGCUGGAUCGUCUUAUUGAUGUGGAUGUUGCUGCGAUGUGGAGCAAGAGGAUCCAUCAAUGGAAGUUGGAGAAGGAAGCGAGGAAUCGGUUGAUGAGGGAUGUCAUGGAAACCAGGAGGAAACAACUGCAGGAGAAAUUGCAAAAGCUUGCUUAUGAGAAAGAAGUGUUGAAACGUGAUUGUGAAGAAAUAAUGGCAGCUGUGGAAGAACAUAAUAAACUUGAAGAUGAGAGAGUGCAAAGAACAAAGAUGAUCAACAAGAACUAUGAGAGUGACUUGCUUGCUCAAAUUGAUCAUCAAAAGAGCAAGAAAGAUGAAAGAAAAAUGGAGGAACUUCGGGAAUACAAUGAAGGCCUACAAACUGAAGCAAAAUAUCAGCAACGACUCAAAAAUGUUCUAUCAUCUGCCACGUCUGAGAGAAAAACUCACCCCAUGCGUCGACCCCAGUUUGAAGUAACUGGCCAGAAGAUGGUCUAGUUAUAUCUUAGUUACAUCUAUGUUUAAUUUUCCCAGUUGCCUUAAAUAAACUUUAUCUGGUGUUUUAUGAUUUGGGUCUUAAAUGCUUGCACUUUACAUUUUAUGUGGCUUAGCUUAUUGGCCUUUGGUUUCCACAUGUUUUCAAUUUGCUUGUACAAAUAUUUUGCAUGCAACCUUACCAACUUGUGAUAGGCAAUGUAUAUAAUACAAAUAUUUUGUUUGAGAUUA